AUGGUCUACGCCGGCCCCUCGCGCGGGUGCACAACCUGCAAAAAGCGCCGCGUCAAGUGCGAUCUAGGCCGACCCGUCUGCAAAAACUGCUUGAAGAGGGGGGUGCCCUGCCCCGGCGUGCCAGAUCCCCCAGGCAUACAGUUCAGAGAUGAGACCGAGGCGGUGAUGCUACUCUUCCAAGCCGCACAGGGCAACGACGAUGACGACGAAUACCCCAAAGCUGUGGUCCCCAGUCUCGAAGAGGACGAGAACUUUGUCUCGCUGUGCUUCUUCUCCCACAACUACAUGAUGGGUGGGCGCGGCGUGCAGUCUUCGCGCGGAUUGUUCGAGCAUUUGAUCCCGUAUUACCACCAGCCGACCGACCAGGGCUCUCUGAUAUCGGCCGCCACGGCUUCUCUGACGGCGACCAUGCUCGCAAUGUGGCGUGGCGUGGCGCCAGACUCGACACUGUCGAGACAGUACUACGGCCGCGCCAUCGACCUCCUGAAGGAGACCCUUAUGACCCCGGCGGGAUGUGAGUCCGACACGACCCUGAUUGCCAUUAUUGCUCUGCAGUUCCGGGAUGCACUGAUUGCCUACCGCAAGAUGGCCAAGGUCGACGGAAGCCACCAGAGAGGCGCCUAUGCCGUGGUCAGGUACAGAAAGAGCAGGGGCUUCCGGGACAUGGCCUCCAAGCGGUUAUUGCAAGAGGUGCGCAGCACUAUGGUGUCCGAGGCGAUCCGGACUCGCCAGCCCGUUGUCAUUGACCCGGCGGUGUGGGAAGACGACGGCCCCAUGCCAUAUAACCCAGCCAGUGACCUCGACAAGAUCGCCAUCGACCUCGCCAACCUGCAGGCCGUGUUUGAGCAAUAUAGAUCCACUCUGCAAGCCGGAUUCGCGAAGGGCCAGAAGGUGCUCACUGCAAGGGACCUCAGCAUCAUAGCGUCGUUCAGGAGGACGGCGGCUGCUAUCGACCAGCGCCUGCAGGUCUGGGCCGACGCGCAAUAUUCGUUCUACGCGCCCUUGCGACUCGCAGCAGACGAAAUCCCAGAAUCGGUGAGAAAGGCGGGACUGUAUGGCUCCUUUUGUAACGUAUACCCGUCCGUGCAAAUCGCCGGCGUGUGGCAUGCGUAUACCAGCUACAGGCUCCUCCUCCUGAAGAUGACGCUCUGCGCGGACCAAACGGUGCGGGCCACGCCGAGGGAGAACGACGUGCUGCUCUCUGAGUCUGAGGGGUGGAGGACGAGUGCUGAGGAGACGCUCCAACGGUGCGUUGACGAGAUUUCCGCCGCGGUCCCGUUCCAUCUCGGGAGCCGCAUGGAAACCGGAUCCAUCCACGAGCUCUCAGACACGGCCGGCAUCGAGUACCCGUGGCCGUCGCGGCCGGACAAAGACCCCUACUCGAAUCCGUGCAGUCCGGCCAAGGAAUAUGCGCGAGACCACAACGUCGUGCCCUUGACUGCCGAUGAGAGGAAACGCCAAAACCUCUGCAUGGGCGGCUACAACAUCAUCGGGCCCAUGGCCUUUGUCCUGGGCCUGGCGGGAGAGCCACUCGACUUGACCGGCGCGCAGAAGCAGCCACUCAGGCUUGGUUCGUUGCUUCGCCCGGACCAGAUCCCCUGGCUCGCCGGACAGAUGGGCAGAGCCUUGAAACUCCAUCGCCUAAGGAGGCCAAAGACGCAACCACGCGGCAAUGGUCUGGCAAGGCCGAAACCCGCAGCCACUGCGGAGAAGAACGAAGUCAGUGACAUCGCUGCGGAUGUCGUCCGAGUGAAAAAGUCCAUGAAAUAUUCCUUUGGCGUUUGA